AAUUGAUCCGUCGAAUCAGCGAAUAACCUCGCUGCCCACGCAGUGAUUAUUUAAGCGGUCGCAUCUUCGAUAUCAAAUUGGCGGGGAAGCCCGCAAAGGCCCCCACCUCCGGCCGCCUCCCGAAUACCGCCUUCUUUAGUGCCGGGGACCAAUGGUCCCUGGCUGUCCACUACUACUACUACUACUACUACUACUACUCCUACUACUUUCUAUCAACCAGCCCCAUACACACGCGGCCUGCAUAUGCACCUGCUGGAACCGAAACCAUCUCGCUCUGAAUGUGAUCUCCCAUCCCCGCUGCAAAUGCCGUCGGCUUUGCCUCUCCUUCCAGUAUGUUGGCCGCCAAACGCAAGCCGCCCAGCGUGGACUUGAAUGAUGAUAGACCUGUGGCAAAGAGGAGUAACAGCUUGAGUCACAAUGCUCAUGCACCCUGGUUACAAGACUCUAAAACGUCUCGGACAUGGCGGACUUUAGGCGAUCGUGGGGUACGGUCUUCGCUGCCACUCGAAAACAUGGUGUCGACCGUCCGCGAUUUGAUCGACCCGGACUUCGACCCUCUUAUUGCCAUUCUCGACGACGAACCUCGCUUCUUAAAGCCUCUCCCGUCUCGGAUCCCACCGGAAGACUUGGAGUUUCUGCGUUUCCGUGGGGCUUUGUCGAUACCAGAGAGUGGCCUGCGAAAUGAACUAUUGCGGUGUUAUAUCAAAUGGGUGCAUAGCUUCAUGCCAGUGCUAAAUUUACAAGAAUUUCUUCGAUGUGUCGCCGAAAACGACCCCAAAAGCAAUAUCAGUCUUCUACUUUUUCAAGCAGUGAUGUUUGUGGCGACGGCUUUCGUCGAUCUACAGCAUCUGCAGGCCGCUGGGUAUGCAACUCGGAAAAGUGCUCGCAGUGCGUUCUUUACUCGAUUAAGACUCCUCUACUCACUUGACUGUGAAGACGAUCGCAUCGUCGUUCUGCAGACUCUGCUGCUGAUGACAUAUUGGUCUGACCACCAGAACCACCCACAAAGAGACAUUUGGGACUGGAUUGGUGUCUGCAAUAUACAUGCACACUCAAUAGGAUUAAAUAGAGACCCUUCGUCGGCCAAUAUGGAUCCGAGGAUAAAACGACUGCGAGCCCGUAUCUGGUGGAGUCUGUACUCACGAGACCGCCUCAUUGCGAUGGGACUCAGACACCCGACCCAGGUGAACGAAGGCACUAGUAAUGUUCCCAUGUUGAGACUGGACGACUUUGAUUUCGAACCCUACCACCAUAAUGUUAUUGAAAUGUUUCGUUGUCGUCAGCUGGAGGAUAUUUCUCACCAAAAGCGCCUGGCAACCAUGUUUAUCGAGAAAGCCAAAUUAUGCCAGUGUAUCGGCCGGGUAUUGUUCGCUCAAUAUACCCCAUCGCAGUGUCAGUUUGGAGUGACCACUCGAACAACCAUCAGCCUAGUCCCUAGACAGGCUUCGGAAUCGGAGUUGGCGCGGUGCAGCCAGCGAUUGGAGUCGUGGUUGAGCGCCCUGCCGAAGGACGCACAGUUCAUCCCUGCGUCAAGGACGAACUUCCACGACGGGGAGGACGUUCUCCUCCUCCAUGGUGCUAUGGUAAGAAUGCUUUACCACGCCACUACAAGCACACUGCAUCGCCCCUGGGCUUUUGCAGCCAAUAAGGAUCAGUCGAAAUCACGCCGGGAUCUGAUCCAAACUGCACAAUCAAAGAUGCACGAUGCUGCUGUUGGUAUCACACACAUCAUCCAAGGUCUGAAUCAGCUCAACCUCACUCGAUUCCUCCCUCAAUCUGGAGUGACCGUCAUCAUCCCAGCAGCUGUGGCCCACCUGACCGAUUCGUUAUCCGGCAAUCCUGCAACUCGAGAAACCAGCAUCUACAACUUCCAGCGGUGCGUUCAGGUGCUGCAGGGCCUGAAAGACAUCUACCCUGCAGCGGACAUGGAGGUUGCCAACAUCGAAGCUGCGGUCAAGCUACAGUCCGACAGCACCAACACCUUCCUCCGGAUCAUGCAGUAUGCCAACGCUUCCGGCACGAUGACCCAGCUGCACUCCCACGAACAACCGCGAAAGCAAAGCGUCAUAUCAAACCCCCACACUAUAACCUCAACAGACGACCGGGGCUCCAACCAGUGGACUCCUCCCCAAGACGACCACGAACCAACCAUCAAUCUCAAACAACCUACCCUAAACCAACCAGUCCCGCCACACGACCAACUCCGACCAAGAGAACCAGCACCACCAGCAACCCUCCACCCACAUUCAACCACAACCACAACCCCAAUAGUACCAGUAACAGUACCAUCAACCCCCUAUCCAAACAAACCGAAUCCACCCCUCCAGACGACUUUGACGAUCCCAUCGCCAACUUCCUCAACGACACCAACCCUCCCAUCUCACCCCGAGACACCCGAUCCCAAUCCAACCCCAACAACACCACCGCCUUCAACCCAACUGACCCCUUCCCGUUCAACCUCGACUUCGACCUCGACACCUUUGCAGCCGACUUCCCUCCCCAGAAUUUCAAUCCCGACCCAUCCGCAGACCUCGACAUCGACUGGGCCAGUGAGCUUCUUCGAUGGACCGGACCAGCACCGGAGGAUGCAUUGACUAAUAACAAGGACUUGUUUUCCCCGUUUCCGAAUCAUGUUCAUGGCAGUACGCCGGGACAGGGGUCGAGCAGUCAUAUGACGGGGGACAUUACGGGCGAUUUAGAUCGAGAUUUGGGGUUUAUCCCGUCUGAUGAUGACAUGUUUUAGGUGACGAUAGAAGUCUGGCUCGGGGAUGAUCUUCAUGUACAUAGGAUAUAUAUUUUCAGCAUAGGCGUUUCUAAAGGAGUGGGAUGGGGCACUCUGUAGAUACUAGUGACUUUG